CUACCUUAAUAUAGCAUAAAAUGGAUUAUACAAGUAUUAUAGUGUCGUUAAGCUGUAUUUGUGUUAUUGUAUCUAAGGAUAUAGACCGUCAUCCGAAUUGGAAAUUGCUUCCUAAAGAGUGUGGUCGAGCCAGAGAAACCCAAUUUAGGAUUUUCGGUGGGCAGGAGGCAGAGCUUGGGCAAUUUCCAUGGUUGGUACGAAUAAAAGCUUACUCAGGAUCAUUGGGUGGUUAUAACUGUGGUGGAGGAUUGAUUAGUACUAGCCAUGUCUUAACCGCAGCACAUUGUGGUGAAAACGUAACGAUAAAAAGUGUUCGAAUUGGAGAGUAUGAUUUACGAACUUAUUUGGAUUGUGAUGAUUUUGGAUGUGCACCUCCCUAUCAAGACAUUGACAUUUUAUGGUAUAAAGGCCACCCAGACUGGAAUAUAAGAACCUUACAGAAUGAUGUCGCACUAAUCAAACUUAAAAACGAAGCUAUACUCAAUGCUUACGUACAGCCGUUGUGUCUACCUGGCCGCAACAAUUUUUUCAAAAGCUACUCCCUAAAUGGAGAUGUUCAAUUAGCAGGUUGGGGUCAUUCCGACGCAGCUCGACCAGGUGAAAAAAUACCGGAUAUAUUACAAUUUGUUAAUCUAAAAGUUCAGAAUUUAGAUUUUUGUAAAACGUAUUACAAGAGCAAGGAUACAGAACUUUUAAAUGAUCGUCAACUUUGUAUCGGCAUGAAAGAUGGACAUGACACUUGCGAUGGAGACAGUGGAGGACCUGUUAUGAAGGAACUAAAGGUGGACGAAAUUUACAGGUAUUACAUUAUGGGGGUAGUGUCUUACGGUUAUCCUAAUUGUGGUGAAGCUCCGGCCAUAUACACCAAUGUUAGAUAUUUCCUAAAUUGGAUUCUAGACACUUUGUAACAUCAAUUUUUUCUAGCGUGAAUUGUUUAUUAAUAUAAAUAAAAUCGUUAAAUUAUA